AUGUUCGUGGCGUGUGCGCUGCACGGGUGGGUGACCGAGGCGUGGUGUCACGAUGCGGCGAUCGGUAAGGUCGCCAGCGUCAGAGUCGAGGACUUGUUGUCCGGUGUUGGGAAUGAGGACGCGGACACGUACACGUACACGGGGACUCAUUCGCGAACGGCCUCGGGGUCGAGUUCCGCUACGUUGCCAAUCGCUGCGGCGGGGCUGGGCUCGUCAAAGGGUCCGAGACGGCCGAAUAAUCGGAGGGGAGCGUUGGCUAGGAUGUCGAUUCUCUCGCUUAAAGAACCAGCGGCUACGCCGGGGGGAGUGGAGGCAAUUGUCUCGCCGAGUAUCCAGCAGCAGGAGCAGGAGCGGAUGACAGAUUCAAACGACCAGGAACGGGCACUCGCAAGGAGUUCUCCUGCCUUGUUGCAGAGGCAGGGUAUGGCUCACUCUCCGGUCCAAGAAUCAUUGCCGAUCACACCAGCCGCUCAAAUCGGUACGCAGAAUCCGUUCGAGGCGUCGAUGGCUGCUAUGGAAGGUGGUGCGCCGGAGGAGGACCCAUUGAAUCUGCAUGGAGCUGGUAUACAGGAACUUCAACCAGUGAGUGUGGGAGAAGCUGACGCUGGCCUCCACAACACUCUACCUGACACGAACCCCCUCGCCGCUGAACGCCUGCGAGCACAAUACUUCGAGCAUCUAUACAUCUCCAAGACAUCACUCGCAUUCUACGUCAAAGGCCCGCUCAGUCGUGCCCGCGCGCACGUCCGCACCGCCGAAACACCCUUGAAAGCGAUCAGGGAACUAUCCGAAUUCUAUGAACAAAGCAUCCUGCCCACGAAAAGGGUAGACACCAAAUACAAAGAAUCGAUCGCCAAGAUCAUCGACGAGUUACCGCUACCUCUACCUCAGCAAGAAGGGGACCCUGAUGUCCUCGAUAUGAAGAAGAGGAAGUCUCGCAAGAAGAUGAUGAUGAAGUUGGGCAAAGAUUGUCUCUGGGCCGAGGAAGAGGAGUUUAUCGCGAAGUGGUGGCGCGCGCGGGAUCUCAAGGGUCCUGUUUCUGCCAGCGACCGCGCAGAAGAGAAGCGGAAGGAGGUGGCGGAUUUGCGCAUGCGCGAGACCAAGAUGCAAUUGCUGUUGAUGCUGGAAGUCAUGCUUCUAGACACGGCGGCGUCGAAAUUGACUGAAUCCGAAUCUGAAGAGCCACCAGGGCCUGCUGAUCCCGACAUCAAGGUUGAGUCUGUGGAAGAAGAAUCCUCGGCAGCACUUCUUGCUACGACUCCGCGCAAAGUGCCUAAGAAGGAGAAGAAGAAGAAGCGUGACUGGGCCGCGGAAAUCGAGACAGUCGUCGAUCGUCUAUGUAUAUGGCACACCGUAAGCCUGGACGACCUUGUCAACACAGCCGACGACAAGUCCUUGAAGAAGGACGCCAAUGGCAGCACGGUGUCGAAGCCAAAUGACUCUCUUCGCGACUUCUGCAAGGAAGUCCUGUUGCCCUUCUAUUCCGCCAAGCUGCCCGAGCAGAUCAAAGCCAUCUGUCGGAAGCUCGGUGGACCUGAUAUCUCGCCCAAACGGCCCAGAUUGGGACACAACACAGCACCUCAUCUCCACAGAUCCUCCUCCUCUUCAGUAUCAUCCUCCACCAAGCCAAAGCCGGGCCAGCCACUUUCGACUCGUACCCUCGAGCGCGUGCUGAGCGAAGACCACCAAUUGCUCCGCCAUGUCUCCCCUCCUACUACGUUCUCUCGCGCCUCCUCCAUAACGGCCCCUAUCAUUCCGACCCUGAAACGCGAGUCAUCCGACCGGCCCGCAUCUCGGGGCAGGAUGCUCGCCAAGUCCGUGUCUUUCUCCAACCGUGAGAUCGACCUCGUGGCCGAUCAAAAGGUGCACGAGGCGAAGCGUCGCAAACUGGAUCGACUCGCCCAGCAGAAAAAGGAACUGGAAGCCGCUAUCGAUGCGCUUAAGAAGCCCGACCGAAGAGCGGUGGCCAGCCAGAUCAUGGAUGAGGCGGAACAGAGGAAGAGACUGGAGAUGGACAGGAAGAUGGCCGUGCAGAUCUCGGCGACCCCGAGGGCAAAAAGAGUGACAGGACAGUCGCAGCUCAUGGACGAGCCGGAGCUGCCCCCAAUGCCGAUGCCGAGAUUGGUGGCUCGAGGACAAGAUGCCAUCACGGUCAUUCCUUCUUCUACAGUGAAACCUCGGAUCCGACCGGGUCUUUCCAGCUCGGCGAGUAUCCCUCGAUCUUCGGCGAAGAAACAAUCCGUUUUAGCAGCGAUCCAUGAGACACCAUCCAGAGGUCUUGAUAAGAAGACGUCGAACCCCUUGGAUUUGCCCGUGCUCUCUCACCCCCUCGUUGAGCCUGGCGACGACACUGCUAUUGUGGCAACCCCGGCUGCAAGACGUACGCUUCCUGAUGCGGGGGACUAUCAAUCCCCGGGAUUCAGUCGCUCAUCAUCUCAACCCCUACCACCAUCCAGUCAGAUGACGAACCCUGGUGAAGGGCUGAUCAUGAAGAGGUCCCGUCGUCCGGUUCUCUUUACACCAUUGAAGAAGUCCGACGUCCGCUUGGACCAGGCAUUCCGCGAUGCUCCCAUCAUCCCGGAGCGGGCGGGUCAUAUCAUGGACCGGGUGAUGGGUGGAAAGGCUCGGGGGAUGGACGAAGAGUUUGAACCUCUUCCGGGCGACCAUUCCGAGGGGUUCGGGGACUCGAGAGCCCCUGCAGAGAAGGGAACUCGACUUGAUGACGUCGACGAUGGUGAUAUUUAUGACAGACUCGGUUGGAACGACGAUUUCGACCUUUGA